UAAAACGCACAGCCGGAAGUUUCUGUCCGUGGCUUUGCAGGGAUAAGAAAACCUUGCGGUGGGUUGCUGCUGGGGUACCCAGGCGUUAUGGCUACGGGCGCGGAUGUUCGCGACAUUCUAGAACUUGGGGGUCCAGAAGGGGAUGCAGCCUCCGGGACCAUCAGCAAGAAAGAUAUUAUCAACCCCGACAAGAAAAAGUCCAAGAAGUCUUCUGAGACAUUGACCUUCAAGAGGCCUGAGGGCAUGCAUCGGGAGGUCUAUGCCUUGCUUUACUCUGACAAGAAGGAUGCACCCCCAUUGCUACCCAGUGACACUGGUCAGGGCUACCGCACAGUGAAAGCUAAAUUGGGGUCCAAGAAGGUUCGUCCUUGGAAGUGGAUGCCUUUCACCAACCCAGCCCGCAAGGAUGGAGCUAUGUUUUUCCACUGGCGACGGGCAGCGGAGGAAGGCAAGGACUACCCUUUUGCCAGGUUCAAUAAGACGGUGCAGGUGCCUGUGUAUUCAGAGCAGGAGUACCAGCUCUAUCUUCAUGACGAUGCUUGGACUAAGGCAGAAACUGACCACCUCUUUGACCUCAGCCGCCGAUUUGACCUGCGCUUUGUAGUUAUACAUGACCGAUAUGACCACCAGCAGUUCAAGAAGCGUUCUGUGGAGGACCUGAAGGAGCGGUACUACCACAUCUGUGCCAAGCUUGCCAACGUGCGGGCUGUGCCAGGCACAGACCUCAAAAUACCAGUAUUUGAUGCUGGACAUGAGCGACGGCGGAAGGAACAGCUGGAGCGGCUCUACAAUCGGACCCCAGAGCAGGUGGCAGAGGAGGAGUACCUGUUACAGGAGCUGCGCAAGAUCGAGGCCCGGAAAAAGGAGCGGGAGAAACGCAGCCAAGACUUGCAAAAGCUGAUUACAGCCGCAGACACCACUGCUGAGCAGAGACGCACAGAACGCAAGGCCCCCAAGAAGAAGCUACCCCAGAAGAAGGAAGCUGAGAAGCCGGCUGUUCCUGAGACUGCAGGCAUCAAGUUUCCAGACUUUAAGUCAGCAGGUGUCACGCUGCGGAGCCAACGGAUGAAGCUGCCAAGCUCUGUGGGUCAGAAGAAGAUCAAGGCGCUGGAGCAGAUGCUGCUGGAGCUUGGUGUGGAGCUGAGCCCCACCCCCACAGAAGAGCUGGUGCACAUGUUCAAUGAGCUAAGGAGUGACCUAGUGUUGCUGUAUGAGCUCAAGCAGGCCUGUGCCAACUGUGAAUAUGAGCUACAGAUGCUGCGGCACCGGCACGAAGCCCUCGCCCGGGCAGGCGUGCUGGGGGGCCCUGCCACACCGGCAGCAGGACCAGCCCCAGCCUCUGCUGAGUCAGCAGUAUCUGAGUCUGGACUUGGCCCUGACCCUACCAAGGACACCUUCAUCGAUGUAGUGGGAGCACCCCUCACCCCCAAUUCGCGGAAGCGACGGGAAUCAGCCUCCAGCUCAUCUUCUGUGAAGAAAGCCAAGAAACCGUGAGGGGCCACCAGGGUGUGGUGGUGGUGUGGUGUAAAUAGAGAUGUUAAGUUGGACUGGGC